UUCCGAGGGAUCAGUACCGGGAGAUGAAGAUGAAGGGCUACAAGAACUAUCAGAACCUCAGUUAUGCCCGGGAGGAUGCUUUGCAGGAUUGCAAACAAGUUGAGAGGGACGGCCCUUACUACGAUUUUCAGUACAACACGAGGCGUGCGCGACUGUCAAUUGUGCAUUUUCAGCAUCUACUUCAACUAGGGGGAGUUGACGCGCUCCGCCGCACUGAAAAAUCAGGGUCUCGCACAAGUGAUUCAUUUGGAGCCGUGUUUUAUUCCUUGUAUGGUUACAUCAACAAUAUGCAAUCAAAGCUGAACCAGGAUGGAAAAUUGAGGAAUUUGGUCUGGGCAACAACCAAGCAUGAUGUUUAUACAGUACACAAUCAAUCAAUGACACACUGGUCAUCACUAAACCAGAUAAGCACUGAGCUAAUCAAUGGUGAUGAUUGCAUUAUACCAAAACAGAGAGGGCAUGGUUCACAAUCUGUCUCAAUGGUCCAGUUCACAACUAUGGCUGUAGAUAAUGAUUUAUUGGUAGUUGGUGGUUUCCAUGGAGAGCUUAUAUGCAAGCGUCUGGAGGAUGAUGGGAUAGUUUUCAGCACGAGAGUUACAGAUGAUGAGAAUGCUAUAACCAACUCUUUAGAGAUAUACCAGGAUCCCAAUGGAUCAAGACGGUUGGUGGUUGCUAAUAAUGACUGCUCUGUCAGAAUUUUUGAUACCAAGUAUUUUGACCUACUUAAUCACUAUGUUUUCCCAUGGUCUGUGAAUAGUGUUUCGGUUAACCCUGAUGGAACACUUUUUGCUGUCCUUGGUGAUCACGAGGAUGGCUUGGUAGUGGAUCCCAAGUGUGGGAAGCCGAUUGGUAAAGUUAGAGGCCAUUUGGAUUACUCAUUCUCAUCUGCGUGGCACCCAGAUGGCAAUAUAUUGGCUACCGGGAGUCAAGACACAACAUGUCGGCUGUGGGACAUUAGAAACCUAUCACAAUCCUUGGCUGUCCUUGGUGGAAGGCUAGGCUCAAUACGUUGCAUCAAAUUCUCUUCAGAUGGCCGCUUUUUGGCAACAGCAGAGCCUAUAGAUUUCGUUCACAUCUAUGAUUGUUUUGCCGAUUAUGGCAAAUCUCAUGAGAUUGACUUUUUUGGUGAAAUAGCUGGUUUGUCAUUCAGCCCAGACACAGAGGCCUUCUAUAUUGGCGUAGCAGACCAAACAUAUGGAGGCCUCAUGGAGUUCAAGAGGAGGCACCAGCAUCAUUACUUGAACUGCCUGUGGUGAUGCCUUUUGGUUAGCACAGUUUGCUUUUGCAGUUCCUUUAUUCGCGACUGAUUGAUCGUUUGACUGUGCUGCAAAAACUGCAUGGUUUUAGUCAAGGCAACCGGUGAGGAACUCAUUGGGGCAACGUGAUUAGUGAUUUGCUGCCGCACCUUAAGCUCACUCCAGAUAAAUGAGCUGGAGCUGUAUAAAUUUCUGUUCUGUCUUGUUGCUGUCUAGGAACCGACGGGGAUUGUGAUAGUUAAUGUGUAGUCUUGCAUUCCAUUUUAUCAAAUCAAUGUACAUAGUUGGGGCUUUA